UCUUAAUUGAGAAUGGAAAUAAACAUGAUGCAUCAACUUGCUUAUUACGUGUGCGAUAGUGCGAAUUAUGCUGCAAUUACGAACAUUCGUUAGAUAUCAUGUGUUUAUAGGAAAACGUCCAAGUUACUUGUGAAUUGAAUCACUUUCAAAUUCCUAACAGAAACACACGAACAGUUUUCUAGGUUAUGUACAUAAAAUGUUUUUUUCUAAAAGGAAUUUGUGUUUACUUAUUAUAAUUUUAGUUCAUGUAAUAGGUGUUUUCGCACGAAUGGACAAAUGCGAGAUGCUAGAAGUAAUUUCGUUCAAAAAUUCUGAUCGAGAACCUGAACCUGAUACUGGAAACAUCAAAUAUGAAGAAGAGAAUAAAAUUAUCGAAGCGAACGUGACAAUAAACAAUUCAACUGCUAAUGUGACUAAAGUCAAUUGCCUAACGGAUAAAAUCUAUGGACCAGUAGAAAUUGUUAAUGCAACCAGAUUAAUGAAAUUAUUAAUCUUAGAACCUGGACCAUCAAACAAAAGUAGAAAUGAUAAAGAAGGCAGACUUUUACCAGGAACUUGUGUGAUAGUAUUAUUUUAUGCUAGAUGGAGUAUAUUCAGUAGUCAAGCUGCACCGCACUUUAAUGCAUUACCACGUUCAUUUCCACAUAUUAAGACAGUGGCACUAGAUGCAAUUAAAUACCAGAAUUUUAAUGCUCAAUAUGGAAUUGUUGGAGUCCCAACAUUAAUGCUUGUUCACAAUGGAAAACCUGUAGCAAAAUUUAAUUACACUGUUUAUACAUUGGAAGCUUUUGCAAGAUUUAUAACACAAAUAACUAAUUUGCAACCAAAUGGGUCAUUAUAUGUUACAUCUUUGGAUUUUGCUGGCCCUGUUUCUAGUACACCUUCUAAUGGGACGGAUUAUUGUCUAGUCCUUUCAUGGAUCUUCAUUACUGCAUGUGCUUUAUACUUCACAUCUCAAAGCAGGUGGUGGCAACAGUUUGUAGAAUUAAUUCAAAAUACAUGGCGUGAAAGUAAUGCUCAACACGAGCAUGCUGAUUAGAAUAUAAAAAGGGACUAUCUUAUAUUCCAUACAAGAAAUUACGAUAUCAGAUACAAACAUAAGAUCUUAUUAUUAAUUCGCAUGAUAUUCUAUGCGGUAUAAAUCUUAAAAGAAUGUAAAUAUACUUCGAUAAACAAGUAAAGUGUAUGUUAUUAAAAAAAAAAA